CCUAGCUUCCCUUAUUUUUAAUUGAAAAUUUCAGUGAAAAUGGAAGGCAUAAACCUCUACAACCAGGCCUACACUGACGCACUGAUUAAUAAUGAACUGGAAACUGAUCGGUGGAAAUCAUACCGCGCGGAACAUGAGCAAGUUAAAGAAAAUCUCCAAAUGUAUAGAAAACAACUGAAAGUUGAUAUUCUAAUUCCGGUGGGAUCCAAAGCUUUCAUACCGGGUCAGUUGUAUCACACUGGUGAAGUCAUGGCUAGCCACGGUUGCGGUUACUUCUCAGACUGUUCAGCGGAGCAAGCGAAUCAAAUAAUCGAUCAUCGCAUAUCUGCUGCGAAUGAAGUGUUGCGGAAGUAUGAAAAAGAGAAAGAAAUGUUAACAAAUAAGAUGGAAGUUCCAUUCGCGGAAGAUGCUUUUGGUGGUAAAGAAAUCAUUGAAGAAUAUGAUGAAGUUCGGGAAGAAAUCUGGCGCAAAGAACACCGGAUUCGAACCAGGCAAUUAAAGUUACAUGAGGCCGAUGAACGCCGGAAGUACCGCGUAUCGGAGUCAGAUCAAGACAUUCUAGAUCGACUGAAAGAUCUAGAGUUGAUGGAAGAACUUGAACAAGAAAUUGACAAUUUGGAGAUAUCUGUCGGAACCGACGAACAGUUGCGUAAAUUAAUGAGUGGAGAACUAAAGUUGCCCGAAAAAACAAGAGUAGCUCAUAAUAUAGGUGUAAAAGUUGGUGAAACUGUGUCAAUGGUGAACAUUGACGAAGAAGCUGAAAGUGGUCAGUUUGAAGUCGAAACAACCGACGAAGAUAGUUCGGAGGAUUCAGAUGAUUCUGAUGCAGAUGUAACGGCCGAAUUCCUUAAGCUAUUGCAAGACACAAAAUCGAUGAACAAGAAAGAUAAAAUUCAAGCAUUUAAAAACAAGCUGAAUGAAACUAGUUCCCGGCUCCGGAAUGAUGCCAUUUCCGUAGGAGAAAAAGUAGAUUUGUGUGGUUUGCGAUAUGAAGUUGAAGAAGCACUCGACUUUCUGAAUCCUGCUUGGGAAAACACAACUGUGGAAGCAAAGAAAAGUGAUGUUUCUAAGAAAACCAAAUCUAUUAAAUUUGCCGAUGCUGACAUUAUCAAGAUUAUCGAUGAUCACGAAGAUGAUGCAAAAGUCAGUGCAAAUUAUGUGGAAGAUUCUAAUAAAACAUUGGAACUGAAAAUUAUUCACUCACCGGAAUCUCCCGUGGCACAACAUUCGACUAACGGCGAUGAUGUCGGAAGUCCUGCCGAUAUUUACCGUUUGUUUGAACAUUGUUUGUACAAAAAUGAGCCUGUAGUAACACCGGUGGAGAAAAAGUCAAUCCUUAAGAAUCGAGAUAUGGUACUAGCGGAAACUCACCUCAUCGAAACUCAGCCAGUAUUGAGAAAACCACGUCAGAAACCGGACGUUAUGCCCAUAGAUAUUGUUGGUGAUGUCGUGGAACACAAAACCGAAAGUGAUUCGAAAACCUCUGCGAUCAUAUCAAUCAAACCAGGACAAAAGAAGGUCAGUCGAUUCCGACAACAGAGGCAGUGAGGAUCUAUGAAAUCCUGUGAUCAAUUUGCUCCCGGAUUACGGUACGAGGUACAUACAACGAGCACCAUCUCUUCCGACAACUUACGCCGACAUUCGACGAUUAGUAUGCUACGCAGGCCACUUUCAAUCGUUUAUUCGUAUGUUUUUGCAAACAGAAUAAAAACAACAGUCGAGAGAAACGGAAGGAACGUUAAACUUUAAAAAUAAAUCUGCGCGCCUAAUGCGAUCCUCAAGGUGAUUUUUGUUAUCUGUAUUCGCAAAAUUAUCUAUUAUAAUGAAUAUUACUUAUGUACCUACCGUCCGAAAAGUUCAACCUAUCUUAAUCAAUUUUAAAUUACCAUUGAACAAACGGCAAUAUCUGAUUAGAUAGUACAUACUGUUGUUGUUCGGAAUAACGGGAACGAAACGUUAGUAAACAACAUCUCAUCUGCAGGUCCAACACAUAUCCAUUUCACGUUCCCACAAUGUGCGAGACAGUAGACCUUGAGCGUGUUGCUCUUUCUACGGUGUGAAUGCUUAUUAUCUAAAUCUACUACGCAGAAUUCAUACGAAUGCUGCAAAGGAAGAGAUGAAUAAGCAAAAGCAGCGUAAGGGGCUUGUUUUGAUCAGACACACUGAAUUAGAUAUUCAAUGUUCGCUUUGGGCUGUCUACUUUUUCGCAUCAUUACCAUAGAGAGCCGAAGACUGGUUCGUCUCCCCUGGGUAAUUUUCUCUAUUUACCGGUUGUUCUGUUUCAAGUAAUUGUUAGAAGGGUACAAAGCCCAGUUUUUAUAACAAUGGUUUUCCGUUUAUAUAUUGAAUACCGUUAUCUUCAAAUAAUUUCAUAUACAAAUUAGGCAUGACAUAAAAAUUCAUUGUAUCUAUUUUAAGAUGGAACAAAUCAUAAAUGUUAUUUUCAUAGCUUUAACACAAUUUUCUUCAAAAUUGUCUUCUGCAUUUUCUUGGACAUUUUAUCCGAAUACGUUUGCAAAUAUCCUUUUAAUAGCAUGCUAGGAUUUCCCUAGAGAUCAUUUCAGAGGGUUUUUCUUAGGUUCAUUAUUUUGUAGAACACUCAACAAAACUUAUCAAUAAAAAAAAAAACAAAAAUUGGAAUUUAUAUAACAUAUUUUUCUUUUCAUUUUCGAGGAAUA